AUGGCGGGAAUCGUCAACGGACCUCUAUCUCUCUUCCGCAAGUCGGACUCUUCAAAACCUCUCCAUGCUCGAUGGGGGGAUGUGUCCAUCUCCGUGCCCACAGACGGCUCGUGGAAUCAAUACGACAACCCCCAUCGACCCGCCAAAGAGAGAUCAACCUACGGGCCAGGUUACGUGCCGGACUGCUCUCCGCAAGACCGCCGGAAUCCCCGCCCAGUGAAAGAAGAGGACCAAGACGACGACGCCAGAAGCGUCUGCAGCGAAGCCUCAACAGUCUCGCGGCGCAGCUCACUCUCCCUUGGAAGCCUGCGACCGGGUCGGCUCUCAGUGCGCCUCGCCUCGCGUCCGAAACAACUGCGGGGCGAAUCACAGUCGGAAAGAGACGCCCGGCGCUCCGAGCAAAAGCGAACUGAGUUUGCAUAUCGACCAAUUCAACAGGACUACACCUCCGAAGUAGUCGAAAACAACACUCAUCCCAGCAAUCGCUUCAAGUACAUUCCGACCAACGGACGGUACCUCCAGAGCUCGGGCGCUGAGACUCCGCGCAGCCAAUCUGUCAACUCGGCCCGCAGCUCUCACUCGCGGCGGGGCUCGUUGUCUGAGUCUAGUGACCGGCGAUACGGCGGUCGCGAUCGCGAUCAUUACGCUCCUCCUGUCCGGAGCACCUAUCAGGAGGAUGACCGUCGCAGUUUGCACUCUACUAGCUUUCGUGAUAGCUCGGACGGUUCUAGGCGAAAUUAUGGGCUGCCACCUAGACGGCGGACGUCGCCUUUUGUUGCGGCUGAUAGUAAGAGGGCCUCUUCGAUCUCGAAGCCUAUGACAUUGGCUAUGGUUCCUGAUCCUGAUGAUCUCUAUGAGUAA